AUGGAUGGGGAAACAAAAUGUAACGACACUUCCUCCCCCUUUUGUGAUGAGGAGUCAUCAGGUCCACUUGCGGUGAUUAUCAUCCCUUCCCUGUUGGCUCUCAGCACCGUUUUAGUCGUGGCUCUGAUUUUCUGUAGUCUUCACAAGAACAAGCCAAGAGGACAAAGGACGGCGGCUCAUUCUGCAAACAGUAUAACAUUAAAUAAUGAUUUAUCCUCUUUGGAAAACUGCACAAAACAUUUGAAGUGCACAUUUGGCUCUGGUUCAUUAUUAAACUGCCUCCACUGUUGUGUUUUAACAGGCCAGCAGAGAGUGUGUGUAACUGCAGCGUCUGUCAGUACUCCAAAGAUGCAGGCAGCUUUGUAUCACUGGGAAAUCCCUAAGGAGUGUGUUCUUGAGGGAGUAGAGUUUUGGCAGACUGGACGCUACGGCCCCAUUUGUAAAGGCCUGCUGAAGAACAGGGACGGAGCUGCCUCUGCUGUGGUGGUGAAGUCCCUCAGAGAUGGCCCUGACCGACCCGAAGCUAAAGAGUUUAUGGACUGGGUUUUAUUUCACGCUAAAGUGUGUAAGCAUGAGAAUGUGGUGCAGAUGUUAUACUGUCAGACGACACGUUUUCCCAUGUACCUGGUGUUAGAGGCCUACGACCCUGGGAACCUCCUUCACUUCCUCUGGACACUUAGAAAUAAUUUGAUCACAGCAGAUCUAUCGCAGAACUUCUCGGAGAGGUCUGUGUUUUUGCUGGCAAAGCAGGUGGCAGCUGGCCUGGAUUACCUGAUGUCAGAGCACAGAUUGGUGCACGGUGAUGUUGCCGCCAGGAACAUUUUAAUUGGCCCGGGCCUCUCAGCUCGGGUAUCUGGUCUGGGUGUGGCAUUUGGAGGACGCAAAACGGAUUCAGCUGUUAAGAACAGGACGACGCAGGUGCCUCUCAAAUGGCAGGCCCCAGAGAGGAUUAUAAUGCAGCUGAGUAUCGACAGGAGCGACGUGUGGUCAUUUGGAAUCCUCCUGUAUGAGCUGAUAACAUUAGGGUCUCCUCCAUAUCCUGAACUUGAGCCUUUAUCUGUGUUACCAAAGCUACAAGGAUCGUAUCGAAUGAAGAGACCAGAAAACUGCGGAGGAUCUUUGUACGAUCUAAUGAAGUACUGUUGGAUGUGGAGUUUCAAAGAUCGGCCUGCGUUUUCUGCCAUUAUUAAGCUGUUGGAGUCCUCUGUGCACCUGGCAGAUACUAAAGCCAUUUGUGUUCCUGAUGCCAUAGAUGUAUUUGACUACAACACAAAAGCAGGGCUGCUCUAGUAAACCCUCUACAAAUAUGUACAAUAUACCACACAAGAAGAAAAAGAUCUAUAUAUUAUACUAUUUUCUUGUUCAUCACUGCAGAUUAUUUUCUUU